AUGAAUAUAACAAAGAAUUAAUAAAAUCCAAUACUAAAAUCUUAAAAUUACAUCAGAGAAGCUUUAUAUUCUCUGAUAUUUAUGGAAACUGGAUUUGUAAUGGCAGCUGGACUUGAAAAAUUUUUGAUUUAUUCAUUAAGAAACGGGUAUUUGAAGUUUUUAGGAUAAGUUACAUAAAAUGAUAUUAUUUUUUCAUAAUGUGAGAUUAAAUGUUCUAAUUAAAUCCUUUAAGGUAAUAUUGAUGGAGAAAUUAAAAUAUGGCAUCAUACAAGUCUUAAUCAUUCUAAAUAUAUAAUGAAGCUUAAAAAACAUAAUAGUAGAGUUUCAAAUAUUAUAAUAAAUAGAGAGGAAAAUCAAAUUUACUCAUGUAGUACUGCUUUAAUUAUCAUUUACAAAUAACAACAAUACAAAUAUUCAGAGAACAUUUUAUAAAAUGAUACAAGCAUAAGAUGUAUUAGUUUGAAUGAAUCCCUAAACAAAUAAAUAGCUUGUGGGCUUGAUAAAUAAAUCAUUAUUUUGCAAUAAGAUCCUCUGGAUUUGAAAUGGAAAAAAAUGUAAAAAAUAGGAAUUAAAACAAAUGGGGAGAGAUUGUGUUUUAUUAAUGGAAAUUAAUUUGUAUUUUAACAAUAUUUGUAAAAUAAAAUGCUUGUAUUUGAAUUUAAUGAUGAUAAUAAAUAGUUUUAGAAAAAAAAUGAAGUUAUUGUAGGUAAGGGAGUUUCUAAAUGUGAUUUUGGGUUCUAAAUGUAAUUUUCAAAAGAGAAAUAAAUAAUAAUCAAUAAAAAUACUUCAUUUGUAAAUAUCAUAAAGGUAAAGCAAAAUAAUUAAUAUAUAUUGGUAUCACAAAUAAACUUUGAUACUCCUAGCAUAUUUGGUUCAUUGAGUGAUGAUGGAAGAUAUCUAAUUACAUGGGAUAAAAACUCAAAAUGUAUAUAAUUAAGAGAAAUAAAUGAUUUUAUAUAAUGA